CUCAACAACUGCAUCAAAAAGAAGAGGAAAAAGCUGACCUUUCUCAAUAAUAUCUACACAACAUUAGAGAAAGGAAGUGCAAAACAUAAUACAUCAAAACAUAAUACAUCGAAGCUUUGUAGUGACAUCUUAUAGAUUAUCAACGGUCGAGCUUGGUUGGUUUGUCCAAAAAAAGUAAUUUCCGGUUUUGAUCCAAGUUUCUUGUACGAGGGAGGUGCAUGCCAUGUGCUUGUAAAUUAUUAUGCAAACUCUUUAUGGCCUUUGAACGUUUUGACAAAAGAGAGCACCAACCCAAUACAUUGUCUUAUAUGGAGGAUGUUCAGUUGAAUACCAAUUGGGAUGAUGUGAUUUGUCCUAUAUGUUUGAAUUUCCCCCACAAUGGGGUACUCCUCCAAUGCUCAUCCUAUGGGAAAGGAUGCCGUGCUUUUGUUUGCGACACAGAUCACAUGCAUUCAAAUUGUUUGGAUCGAUUCAAAAAUGCGCAUGGAAUGUCGUCCCUUUCAACAUCUGAUAUGUCUUCUAUAGCAAACAUUCAGCUAGCAGGAUCUGAAGACAACUGCAGGCCAACUUGUCCCCUAUGUAGAGGGCAAGUCACUGGAUGGAUUAUUGUUGACAAGGCUCGUUUACUUCUAGAUGAGAAGAAGCGUUCUUGUGAGGAGGAACAGUGCACAUUUGCAGGAACCUUCUUGGAACUACAAAAGCAUGCUCGGUUAGAGCACCCUCAUGCACGUCCUUCAAGAAUAGAUCCUGCUCGGCAGCUUGAUUGGGAAAAUUUCCAGCAGUCCUCUGAGAUAGUAGAUGUUUUGAGCACUAUACAUUUAGAAGUCCCACGUGGAGUGGUUCUUGGAGACUAUGUAAUUGAAUAUGGUGAAGAUGAAUCUAGAGAAGAAUUGGAAGACUUCCCAGGUGAUGAGGGCAACUGGUGGACCUCUUGCAUUUUAUAUCAGAUGUUUAAUAAUUUCAGGAAUUCUAGAAAUAGGAGGAGAUCAAGAGUCAGAGACACUAGGAGGAGAACUCGCCGUUCUGGUUAUGCUUCAUCAACUUCUGAUGAAGGUUCAGUGCAUUCUGUAGACUUUGCAGAAUAUAGAGUAGAUGAGACUGAUGAUGAGUUUGUGAGCACAAGUGGCCCCUCAGGAGGUAGCACCAGCUAUCGAAGUUCUCAAAGACGCCGAUCCCGCUUUUAUGAUAAUUAGCUGCAUAUUGAAUUAGUGAAGCCGAGAAUUGAUCCUGUGCAAGUGGUGAGCAAUUUGGUAAUUGCUGCUGCAGACAGUUUUAGAUUCUUGAACAUGUAAAAACACCUUUGGAGCUUGUUAUGCUGGAUCGUGUAAAACUUAAUUUCUUUCAAAAUCAGAAUUGAA